UAAUAAUCUUAAUCAGCGUAACGUCCGCGUUUGUAAUUGCUAUAAAAAGAGCACCAAGUCUAGUCUAUCCACCAAAUCAAAUUAAAAUCUCAUUUCAAUAUCCAAACAUCACUUUACCUCAAAGCGUUCAACAAUUAUCUCUUUGUUUUUUGAUUGAAAAAAAAGAAUGGCUGAUCAGUACGAACACAACAAGCCAUCAGUUGAAGAGCCUGUUGGUGCCAAUGUGGAGUCUACAGAUCGUGGUUUGUUUGAUUUUAUUGGAAAAAAGAAAGAGGAAAAGCCAACUCAUGCUCAUGAAGAACAAGCAAUUUCAUCUGAGUUUGGUGAGAAAGUUAAAGUAAGUGAAGAGGAACACAAGGAGAAGGAAAAGAAAGAAGAGAAGAAACUACAUCGAUCAAGUAGCAGCUCUAGCAGCUCGAGUGAUGAGGAGGAAGUAAUAGGAGAGGAUGGACAGAAGAUCAAGAAGAAGAAAACGAAGGGCUUGAAAGAGAAGAUCAAGGAAAAAAUACCUGGUGGUCACAAGGAAGCAGAGAAAACAGAGGACACGUCAGUUCCAGUGGAGAAAUACGAGGAAACAGAAGAGAAAAAAGGAUUUCUAGACAAAAUUAAAGAGAAGAUGCCAGGUGGAGGACAGAAGAAGACAGAGGAAGUGGCGGCGGUGCCGCCACCACCACCACCGGUUGUGGCGGAGCAUGAGAUUGAGGGUAAGGAGAAGAAGGGAUUUUUGGAAAAGAUUAAGGAGAAAUUACCAGGAUACCACUCAAAGACUGAAGAGGAAAAGGAGAAGGAAAAAGAAAAAGAAGCAGCAUCUUACUAAAUUAAAGUUGAAAGAAUGCAAAUUAAAUAAAUGUUUAUUUUGUUACUUUCUUUUACUUUUGGGAUGUUAUGAUUGUUUUGCCAUGAUGUCUUUGGUUUUAAGUGUUUUCAUUUCCUUUACAUUGUUUUUUGGAUUUUGAAGGAUAAGUAAUGUAUUUGAUAUUUCUGACACAUAUAGUUUUAUAUGUGCCUGCUUAUAUAUGAAGUUUGUUGAUAUGGAUUUGUAAAAUGCAGUUGAUUUUGUCUUUUUGA